AUGGAUGUCAUUCCGGACGACGUCCUGAGGGUGAUAUUCAACGAGUACGUCCAGAGCAAGUACGGACGGGGCUCAUUCCCAUUCCCGGGAUACGAAAUCGCCCCAAAGGUGGCGCAAUACGAUAUCAUUAACUCCAACACACCCUUUCGACUCGGGAGGGUAUGCUCUCGAUGGAGAGCGCUAACCGAAGAUACACCCCAGCUCUGGACCGCCAUCUGCAUCCCCAGUGCAAAACGCCCUGGUAUGCUCGAGCUCUUUGAGCUUUGGCUAAAGCGGUCGGGGAAGAUGCCAAUUACGUUGAUCCUCAACUUGAUGGACGGGGAGUGGAAGGACUUCCAGAAAUCUAUUGUCGAGCAGGCGUUCAAAGAAUCCGAACGAUGGCAGCGAGUCAACUUGCAGCUCGGGGGCGGGCCCACCCAGCUCGAGUCCAUCCCUUGGCAAAAUGCCAAAACCCCAGAGCUCGAAUUCAUCACCCUUCGUCUUCCCGGCUGGACUUCCAAAUCUGUUGGCGAGUUCCUCGAUGCCCUUGGCUCUAACAGCAAGAUUCGGGGUGUAGAGUUCAACGGGUACUUUCCUGUCCCACAGCCAGUUCGAAUCCCCGAUGUCAACCUGAAGGUCCUUCGGCUCCACGGAUUCAAGUGCUACGAGAUUUACAGUUACCUUGGCUCGAGCCACGCUGCCCUGGAAGAGCUCGCGGUGGACGACAUCUACUGCUGCGUGUUCCCAUACACAGCGCACCCUCGUAUGCCUUUCCAGAUCAGGAUUAAUACUCUGAAAACCCUCUCCAUCCGGGUAACCGCAGGACUCCCCCAAUAUCUCCCUGACAUCGUUGCCCCCAACUUGGAGAAUCUAUAUCUCGACGUGGUGGAGCGUAACGAGCAACACCUAGGCCAAUUCUGGACGAUCCUCCAAAUAUUCGGGAAGCAUUCUAACUGCAAAUUGAAAUCUUUCCGCUUUCCCGGUGGGUUCGAGCACCAAGUCACCGGGGCGUCGUGGUCCCUCCCCAUGUUUUCUCAGCUCAGAGACCUGGAGAUUCGUGCUCCAGUAGGCCUUUCGACGUUGGAGCACCUCACCUUCACCAAGGAAAGGAAGCUUUUACCAGAGCUGGAACGGUUGGUCAUUACGGACUGCCGCGCCACGAAUGGUGUUCUGGCGAACAUGAUCAAAUCCCGAACGAGUAAGUUGCGGGAUGUCCUCAAGCCUGGAGAGAAGCUGGAGCCAAAGUUGAAGGUGGUGGAUGUGAAGUACGCCAAUGAUGGUUGGAGGAAUUGUCCGCAGGAAUUCGCUCUCGUGGACAGGAUCAAGGGUCUCAAACUAGAUAUCGCUCAUUGA